AUGGGUGCUAAACCUACUUCGAUUCCUGAGAAGCAGAUCAUAUCCUCAGGCGACACCGUUCGUACUUUACCAGCUAGUCAAACAUCAGACACUAUUGUACGACCAUGGACACCUCGGAUUCCUGCUGUCAGUGUUAAUUCGACGGUAAAUCGAGAAGAUAUCACCAUUCUCUGGGUUGGAUCAUUACCGAAAAGUUACAGUAAAGAAAAGCUUACAAAACGACUGCAAAAGAUUAACAGCUCAGUCAAAAUUUAUGAUGAAAAUAUUGGAUUAAGCGAUGGUCAAUCCGCAUCUUCAGCAGCCGAUAGUUGUAUGAAAGAUUCGUUGGACUAUAUUCAGUUGCUCGAAAAAGAGAAAGCCGUUAUAAUUUUGUCAUCCUCAAAUCAGAUGACGUUAGAAUUAGUUAAAGACUAUUUAGCUGAAGUAAAUCAAAAACGCCAAACUGCAUCAAUUUUGGUUUUUGAUACAAAAGAACAUACGGAUAACUUGAACUAUACAUCGUACUCAAAAGUCUCUCAUUUCAUGCGCUUGGACAAACUACUUAUAGAAACAGAAGAACAAAUUAAAUCGAUGAUACAUGAAGCACUUGCAUUUAGUUUAUUUGACAAAAAACAACGUGCGACAAAAGAUUUAACAAAAGAAUCUGCAUCAUUUCUGUGGUUUCAAGUGCUUGUUGAUACAUUGAAAAAAAUGCCGAAACAUAAAAACUCAUUGAAAGAAAUGCUAAAUAUGUGUCGAAGCUACUACAUAAAACAAAAAACGAAUUAUGCUGCUGAUAUUGCCGAAUUUGAUCGAGAUUACAGACCGGAUGAUGCAAUCAAAUGGUAUACAAAAGAAACUUUUCUUUACAAAUUAUUAAAUAAAGCACUUCGUACCGAAGAUGUCAAUGCACUGUACUUAUUUCGUACAUUCAUAGUUGACUUAUGUGAUCAACUAGAAGAAAAAUUCAAAACACUUAAACAAACGGAAGUUGAACUUACAUUAUAUCGUGGUCAAUAUAUGUCGGAAAACGAAAUUGAUAAAUUACAACACAAUCAACAUAGUCUAAUAUCAACAAAUGGUUUCUUCUCCACGACAAGAGGUAAAGAUAUAGCAAUGAGUUUUGCAAAUAAGCAUAAUUGUCGAACUGAUGUAACAUCUGUAUUGUUUGAGAUAAGAGCUAGCACGAAACUAAAAAAAGUUGUAUUUGCCGAUAUAGCAGCGAUCGGUGCUUUUGAUUACGAAAAAGAAGUUUUGUUUAGCAUUGGUGCUGUAUUCUUAAUCGAUGAAGUCUUUUAUGAUACUAGAGAUAAAAUUUAUAAAGUUCAUAUGACGGCCACCGACGAUGGUUCGAAAAGUCUCAGACUAAUCAAUAGAGGCACUGAAAGCGGUACGCGUAUCUUAUUUGGCGAAUUACUGCUCGACAUGGGUAAAUAUACCGAUUCUCAACAAUAUUUUGAAAAUUUGAGAGCUAAGAUGAACGCUGACGAUGUCGAAAGUGCAAAUAUCUAUCAUAAUCUCGGACGUGCUUACGGCUAUAAGGGUGAAUAUGAUAAGGCUCUGAAUAAUUUUAAGCGCGCAUAUGAAAUAAGACAAAAGACCCUUUCAAAGGACGAUUACUUGUUGGCUGAUACGCUGAACAGUAUUGGCGUUAUUUACAGUGAAAAAGGUGAAUAUGAAAAAGCCAGAAAAAAAUUUAAUGAUGCAUUAGAAAUGCAGAAAAAAUAUCCUUCCGACGAUACAGAAGCAAAAAUGUUGCAUAUUUCUCAGUCACUUAGUAACAUUGGAAGUAUUCAUUUUCUAAAGGGCGAGUAUGACAAGGCACUUGAAUUUCAAGAAACAUCAAUAUCUGAGCGUAAAAAAUUACUGGGAGAGGAUAAUCUGUUGCUUGCAGAAAACUAUAGUUCAAUUGGCGGUAUUCACCAUGCAAAAGGCGAGUUUGAUAAAGCGACAGAAAGUUACAAUGAAGCGCUUAAGAUAGGCGAAGCAAAUUUGCCCUCCAAUCAUCCUUCUAUUGCGUUGAAUUAUCAGGCAAUUGGAAAAGUGCUUCAUGAGAAUGGUAGAUAUGAAGAGGCACUGAUGUAUUAUAAUCUUGCACUCAAUAUCAGAACAGAAGCCUUGGGACGAAACCAUUCGUCAGUUGCUAGUGUUUAUAAAUCGAUAGGAGGUGUAUAUCUUGAUAAAGGAGCCUACGCUCAAGCACUGACACAGUAUGUGCGCGCACGAGAUAUUUGUAUGACAACACUAUCGGAAAAUCACCCCUCGACUGGUGAUUGUUAUCAUAGUUUAGGGAUGCUUUGUGAACGGCAGGAGCAUUUCGCUGAGGCAUUAGCCCACUAUACAAAAGCACGAGAAAUAUUAUCGAAACUUUUGCCGGUGGAUCAUCCCUUAGUAGCUAAAAUAUGGGCAUCUAUUGCUAAUGUAAAAUUACGUGAAGGAGCAUAUAGCGAAGCCAUAGGAAUAUAUGAAAGUGUAUUAGAAAUACAGCGGGUUAUUGGUGAAGAACAUCCAGAUAUUAUACUAACGUAUAAUUGUUUCGGUGUGCUUUAUCGAUUACAAGAAAAUUAUGUCGAAGCAAAAGAGUAUUUUCAAAAUGCGUUGAAUAUGUGUAAAAAAUAUUUUGUACAAGAUCACCCAUUGAAAGCGCGCAUCUUACAUAAUAUGGGUGAUAUGUAUACAGAAAUGGAAGAUUUUGAUAAAGCUAUCGAUCAUUAUGUACAAGCAUAUAAAAUGCGAGAAGCCACACUGCCACCCGACGACAUAAGUACGGCAAGUACUUAUCAUAACCUAGGAUGGGCAUAUUUGGAAAAGAACAACACAACAAAAGCAAUUACUUGCUUUUUAAAAAGUCUUGGUAUUUAUGAGAACCAAAAUACUAAAGAUGAAAAAGCUAUUGCAGAGAUCACACAAUAUGGUAAUAUAAAGAGAAGAAAAACGAUUACAAUCAAAGAAUUUUACACAAAUACGGAAACGAGCGAAAUGAAAGCAACAAAAAUUGCUCAAUUGCCGUCAGUUUUUGCUAGACUUUUGGAUAAGUUUUCCAACGAAAAUGACACCGCUGUUAUGAGUCUUCGGUGCGAUGAAAUUCUUAGUCAUUCACGAGUCCAUGAUCAUGUGCUAGAAAUUGGCACUGGUACUGGAAUUAAUUUUGCGUGUUUACAUAACAAUACACAUAUUACUGACUAUGUCGGUAUCGAACCGAAUAUCCACAUGCAUCCUUAUGCUCAAAUAGCUAUAAAACGAUGGAAUGUUCCGUUCAAAGUACGCUUGUCGAGUAAUUCAGCUAUUGCCAUGAAUGAUGUCGAAUCGAACAGUAUCGAUACAAUUAUAAUGACAUUUGUUCUAUGUAGUGUACCUGAUCCAUUACCUAAACAACUACUGAUUGAAGCACAUCGUGUUUUGAAAUCGGGUGGAGAACUACAUUUGUUAGAACAUGUCUUAUCCGAUCCAAAUGUGAAACCAAUGACAAAUUCAUUUCAAAAAUUAAUUGAUCCCCUAUGGGCCAUUAUUGGUGAUGGUUGUCACUUCAGACCAAUUGGGAACUAUUUAGAUCAGAUGAAAACGAUCUAUUCUAAAGUUGAUUAUCAAAAUAUCGAAGUACCCGUUCCAUUAUUUCUUGUCGCAGAUGCUAUCAAGGGUGUGCUCACCAAAUGA